CUCCCACCGUCCAUCUCGCCAGACGGGACCGACCGAGAGAGAGGGGUCACAGUAGAGAAGGCAAAGAUGGUGGAACAUUUUCUCUCACAUUCUUUUCUUUUCCUCUGUUUGUUUGUUUAGUUUUCGUUCUUCCGUCAGUCUACGCUAUAUAUCAAUAUACGUAGUGCCUGUUUUUCUUUCUUUUUUGGUGGAAAAGGAAAAGACGGGAUAGGCACCGUAAAGCUGCAAAAAAUUCUUUCUUUCUCCCACUUUCUCUGUCUCUCUUUUCUCUUUCCAUCCCUCUGCCUGAUAAGAUUCCUCACUUCUAUGCCCUUUCGAUCUACUUAUUCGAGCAAAACUUCUAUUUUCUUCUCUUUCGCUGAUCAAAAUUUGCUUCAAUUCUCUUCGUAAAGCUCCAUUUUCAUUGUUUCUUCCUUGGUGUCUCUUGCAUUUGAAUGUAAGUUUUCCGUCGUUCAUUCUUCUCUGAAAUUCAUCUUGCCUUCUUCUUUCUGUUCCCUCAUAUUGUCCCGGCGUAAUUCUUUCCUUCUGAUGUUUUAUUUCGAUACUCUGUUUCGAUUGCCUGCGAAUUUUGAUACUAAACCCCCGUUUUUGUACUCAAUUUCUUGCAUUUGUCUUCCGUCUGAUGUGUUUUUUAUAUGUUGCUUUAAUUGCCUGAGAUUUCGGCUCAAAAUUUUAUCUUUCAAGCUUGAUUCCCGCAUAUGAUUAUUUACCUUAAUUGUCUACCGUAUUUCUCCAUCAUCGUUGUCCGGAUCAUGCUCCUCUUGUGUCAGUUUUCUCUCUGAGAAUUCCCGUUUCCGAGGCAAGGAGUGAUCAGCUUUUUGGGUAGUUUCAAAAAGCAGAAAAGCACAGUGUCCUAAUGGCAGAUCGGGGUCGGUUGGUUUGUAUUGAAGAAUUGCCCAGUCAUCUAAUUCUAGAGAUUUUGAGCUCCGGCCGGUUGAGUGCGGCUGAUCUCGCCUGUUUAGAGCAGACUUCUCGCCUUUUCAGAGGGAGCCAUGACAUAUCCCCCCUCAAGUUCCGCUCUCUGGUUGACUUCGCUGCAUUCCAGCUCUGUGACUCACAUCCCAUAUUUGGUGCUAUGCCUUCUAACGCUCAGAAAGAGCUCUUUGACCGGUGCAGUGAGAAUUGGAAGCGGGUGCUAAGGUUCUUGCAAUCUGUGGAGCAAUCCUCUGACAUGGUCGAGACCUCAGCAGGCAAUCAGAUGCAGAUUACCACUGGAAGAUACCACACGUUGCUGAUUAGUGGUUCUUCAGUUUACUCUUGUGGAUCCAACUUAUGUGGUGUUCUGGGUCAUUGUUCUGGUGUCACACAAUGUGUAACAUUUAGCCGGAUAAAUUUCCCAUCUCUAUCACACGUAGUUCAUGUCUCAGCCUCUCAUAACCAUGCGGCAUUUGUCAUGCAGUCGGGAGAGGUGUUCACAUGUGGAGAUAAUUCAUCAUUCUGUUGUGGUCAUGGAGAAGCAGGCCGCCCCAUUUUCAGGCCAAGGCUUGUUGAAGCAUUGAAAGGAGUUCCCUGCAAGCAGGUUGCAACUGGGCUUAGCUUUACCAUGUUCCUUACAAGAGAAGGCCAUGUAUAUACAUGUGGGACAAACACACAUGGCCAGCUUGGCCACGGUGACUCUCUAGACAGGUCAACACCUAAAAUUGUUGAACAGCUUGAGCGUGUAGGUUCUGUAGUUCAAGUUGCUGCUGGACCAAGCUACUCCUUAGCUGUAACUAGUGAUGGAACAGUACACUCCUUUGGGUCUGGCUCCAAUUUCUGCCUUGGCCAUGGAGAACAACAUAAUGAGCUCCAGCCACGUGUAAUCCAAUCAUUCAAGAGGAAGGGAAUUCAUGUGAUCCGUGUCUCAGCAGGAGAUGAGCAUGUGGUGGCACUUGAUUCCAGUGGAUAUGUAUACACAUGGGGCAAAGGAUACUGUGGUGCAUUGGGUCAUGGAGACGAGAUCGAUAAGACUACUCCAGAACUACUAAGCAGCCUUAAGAGCCACCUAGCUGUCCAGGUUUGUGCAAGAAAGAGGAAAACUUUUGUUCUUGUGGACGACGGCUCUGCUUUUGGUUUUGGGUGGAUGGGAUUUGGGAGCUUGGGGUUUACAGAUAGGGAACUUUCUGACAAAAUCUUGAAGCCUCGAGUUCUUGAUAGCCUAAGAUCUCACCACAUUUCUCAAAUAAGCACUGGGCUGUAUCAUACUGUUGUAGUCACUAAUAGGGGUCUCAUAUUUGGAUUUGGAGACAAUGAAAGAGCACAGCUUGGGCAUGAAUCAUUGAGAGGAUGCCUCAAACCAACUGAGAUCAUUGUUCCAGAAACGAUAAAUGAAGCUGCCGAUAUGGAAGAAUGUGUAUGAUCUUGAAAAUAUACCUUCUAUGCCAAAAAUGUGAAUUUGUAGUUUACUAGUUGAUUAGCAAUUUAGUAUCCCACUUUGUUUUUUGUUUUCAAAAGAAUUUAGAGAGCACUUAAGCAAGUAUUUUAAUUCAAUAGUGCAAGGGUAAAUUAUUGUUGUAAUAGCAUUGAUGUCCUGUUUUGCUUAGAUUAUGUGGAAUUAGGAAGUCAAAAAAGUCCCAAGGUAGUGUAAUAUUUAUUUAUCUGUUGAUGUUUUGUUGCAAUC